AUGCGCAGGGCCAGCGGUAUCGGGCGUGACUGCAUUUUUUUCAGCGCAUGCAUGUCCUCAACACCCGUUAUUUGCGUUUUCGUGAAGAUUUACAACUUUUUUUUCUGUCUAUAUGUUUCUCUUGAUAUUAGAUGCAAAACGACCAGGAGUCGCGAUCCGGUUACUUUCGUUCCUUUUUCUGUGUCGUUUUCCUUUUGUAUCGGUCCUCAGUGGCGGCGUCUGCAUGCGAGAACUCAGGAAAGGCUCUCGUGUUGGCUCUCAAGAAAAGAAGGCGAGUCUCUCAAGAAAACUGCGAAAAUGUUUCUCGUCUCAGAUGGUGCCUCUGCGGCGAAGAAAAGAACUUCUUCUUCCGUCUUCUGCCUUCCGUCGUCUCGCUGUUCCGUCUCCUUCGGAAGCCUCGACGCCGGACUCGUCUCCUUCACGCGCUCCGUCCAGGCUCAUCCCUUCAACCAGAAAGUUGUGAUUCUCGUUUCUUUUGAAGAUGCUUGCGAGUCUGAAGAGGCGACGUUCUCUCCCGCAGCUCUCGCAGAAGUGGAGAGAGAAGAACACAAGCAACACAGAGCCUCGAGGCAGCCGCGCGCUUCCUCUUCUUGUCCUUCUUCCUCUCCAGCUUCUUCAUCCUCUCCUUUCCUGUGCUCUUCAUCGUCUUCUUCUUCGCCGUCUUCAUUGUCAUCUUCUUCAUGUGAAGCUCGGGAACUCGUCAUGCGUCGUCUUGUAGAGCUGGUCCGGGCUCGCAGCACAGGCGUUUUCCUCCACGACGUUUCGCUUGCGUCGUUUCUCUCGCUGCCUCUCCAGAAGUUUCUGUUUUCUCAACACGAUGCCUGUCUUCUCUCCUGGACGGGAGCGUCGCCUCUCUGCGCCUCUCCUUUUCCCUGCCCUUCUCUCGCUCGAGCGACUGAAGGUCAAGCGGCGGAAGAGAGAGAACAAGCAACAAACGGCUUCCUUUGUUCGGACGUCUAUCUGUCGGAUGUCGCCACCGGCGGCAACGCAGCUGCGAUGACGGCUGAGGAAGGAGGAUCUCUCCUCAUGCGUGUCGACGGCUUUCUCUACCAGACGCUCGGAGUCGACACUCUCGCCUCUCUGCCGCAUUCCGUGAAGAAAGCGCUGCCGUCCACCACGCGUUUCCUGCGCAUUCCGCUUGCGCAUCCAGCGGUGCUGCGUCACCAGCGCGCCUUGGAGCCUGAGCGACCCUCUCCCGACGCUGAAAGGAGUGUCAAAAGGGAAGGAAACCUUCGGAGAAAAAAGUCGCGCGCGUCGCAGCCUUCGAAGAUGUUUCUUCAUCUGCAGUACUGCCUCGGCGAAAAACUCGCGCCUCUCAGCUUCCUCUGCGCGCUGAAAAUGCCUUUUCCCGGCGUCGGCGACUCCGCAUUCUCUCAUCUUUCGACUCUGCGCGCGUCGCUCGAGCAGCUGCUUCGUGCAGCGAAUUCGUCGGCGGCUUUUGUCGCCCUGACCGGCGUCUCAGCGCAGCAUCGCCGCUAUCUGUCUCCUUCGGCGGUGACGGGAGAGGCGGAAGAAGGCGAAGCAGACAGCAUGCCUAGGGAAGCAGACGACAGCUUCCUCGCCUUUGAAGCUGACAGUCCUCAAGAGAAGGAAGGCAGGUCUCCGGGGGAGACGCGACAGGCAGGAAGUCGCGCCAGAGAGAACAACCCAGACGUCUGGCUGCCGAACUGGAACAAGCUGCUUGCGCGCCUGCGCCAAGCGGCUGAGCGUAGAAACAGGGACGAAGACGGAGAGGCAAGCCGCGCGACAUCUCGGAGAAAACGCGCAGGAAACCUCCAGAGAAGUACCAUUUCAGAAGCGUGUGACGAUUCCGAUGAAUCGGAAGCGAUUCUCGACGUCUCGAUGGAAGAAGAAACCGACACAGAACAAGAGAGAGAACAAGGGGAAGGAGAGAUGGAAGAAGAAAAACAGUUUCCUUUUCCGCGGUUGAAGGCGAGACUCGAAAGUGCAGCGUUGCGGCUGGCGUUCGGCGAGUUCGCCGAGGCGAGAAAAGGUGAAAGAGAUGAUCGGAGACAGGGGACAGAGAGAGAGAAGCUCGCAGAUGAAAUUAUCCAGGUGCUCGGAAGCUACGGACUCGACAUUCCUCUGAGUUUUGACGAGGACCAAAACUCUCUGCCUCACGAUGCGAAAAACGCUGUGAAUCCGCCUUUCUCCUGGGUCGACCUCGAUUCCGCCACUCCCUCCUCAAGUCGACUGUCUGUGUUGACAAUCGAGGGGGGCAUUUUUCACCCGUCCGCGGUCGCCGCCGUUGUGCGCUGUCUCUCUGGCUGUCUGCGUCGCAAAAUGCUGCGGCAGCGGCGCUCGCCCCCCGGGGAACGUGGAGAUCCCGCAGGCGAGAAGGGAACCGAGACGCUCUCUUCUUCUCCGUCACCUUCUUCUUCCUUUUCUUCUCGUUCUCCCUGGUUUGCCGUCUCCACCUUUGGCGUUGCCGAUGCCCCGACACUGUUUAAAGGCCUGCCGCACGGCGCAGUGGACUUAAGCAGUGACAGCAGUUGCCAUUUUGUGGCUUUUCUCUCGACCGAGGACAACUGCGCGCAUGCAGUGAGCCUUCGUUCGGUCAGUGCCGUCGACGCGGCCGCGUCGCUCCCUUAG